CAAUAUUUGAAAUAAUCCAACAAAAAUUCCCUUUAAUUCUCAGACCUUAUUUUUUUCUCCAACAAUGGCGGAAUUUCAGCUCCCAUUGGUGAAGUUUUCAGAGGAGAAUUUGAGGAGUUGGGUUUCGACGAGGGAGAAAGUUCGAGAAGCACUGGAAGAAUAUGGGUGUUUUGUAGCUCUAUACGACAGCGUUUCAAUGGAGCUGAGCUCCAAUAUGUUCGAUUCUUUGAAAGAGCUUUUUGAAGUUCCAUUGGAGAGGAAGCUUAAGAAUGUGUCUGAAAAGCCCUACCAUGGCUACUUUGGCCAAAACCCAUUAAUGCCCAUCCAUGAAAGUAUGGGAAUUGAAGACCCAAAUCUCCUCUCCAAAACUCAAUCCUUCACCAACCUCAUGUGGCCCUCCAAUGGAAACAAAUCUUUCUGUGAAAAUGUGAACUCGUAUGCGAGGGCGAUAGCGGAGUUGGAUGAGACGGUGAAAAAGAUGGUGUUUGAGAGCUAUGGGGUGAGAAAACACUUGGAAUCUCACAUGAAAUCCACAAGAUAUCUUCUGAGAAUGAUCAAAUAUAGAGUUCCCAAACAAAAUGAGAUGAAUAUGGGAGCCUUCCCUCACACAGACAAGAGCUUCCUCACCAUUCUUCACCAAAAUCAAGUCAAUGGCUUGCAAAUCAAAACCAAACAUAAUAAGUGGCUCCAAUACCACCCUUCUUCUUCUUCGUCGUCAACCUCGUCUUUUAUCGUCAUGGCUGGAGAUGCAUUCUUCGCUUGGAGCAAUGGGAGGAUUUACUCGCCACCUCAUAAGGUGAUAAUGAGUGGUAAGAGGGAAAGAUAUUCAGUGGGAUUGUUUUCGUUUAACGAUGGGAUUGUUCAGAUUCCUAAAGAAUUAGUGGAUGAGAAUCAUCCACAGCAGUUUAAGCCGUUUGAUCAUCAAGAUUAUCUUCGUUUCUACAGCACUGAAAGAGGCCAAAACUCCCCUUGCGCUAUCAAAGCUUAUUGUGGCAUUGGAAACGGGCUCGUCGAUACUCGGGGUUGCAUUCUCCUACAUUAAUUAACCGACAUAUAUUUAACGAUCUCGUCUUGUGUAAAAGAGUUUCUAGUAAAAAAGUUAUUAGAAGUGAUCGGCUUUUCUCACUUCUAUGAUGUUAGUCGCAUCUUAGAUUAAAAGGCUUUUAAAAAUGCCCAUUUUGGAUUUUUUCUUCUUUAUUAGUUCUUUUUUUCUUUUGAAGUGUAUAAAAAUUGUGAAAAUGUAUCGAGUUGAAUUAUUG